CAAGUAAAGAGUGAGAGUAAGAGAGUAGUGGACAGUGGUAAGAGAGUGGAGGUGGUAGUAGUUGUGGUAGUGGUAGCAGUAGUGGCAGUGUUAGUGGUGGUGGUAGAGGUAGCAAUAAUGGUUGUUGUAGUGGUAGCAGUGGUGGUAGUGGUAAUGGUAGUGGUAGGGGUAGUGAUAGUAGUUGUGGUUGUGGAGCGGUAGUGGUAGUGGUAAUGGUUGUGGUAGUGGUAGCGGUAGUGGUAGAGGUAGUGGUAGAGGUCGUGGUAGUGGUCGUGUUAGUGGUAGUGGUGGAGGUAGUAGUAGUGGCAGUGGUGGUGAUAGUAGUAGUGGUGGUGGUUUGUUCUGUCGCACUUUCUAAUAAUACUUGUCGUACUUUGCAAUGAACUUGAAAUGGAUGGUCAGAGGACAAGUCAACCCGAUAAUACGUACCAUCAUCGACCACGACAAUAAUAAUAAUAAUAAUAAUAAUAAUAAUAAUUCACUGAACGGUUUUCAGCACCAAUUUCUCAAGAGAGGGCGUAGGAAAAGGCUCAUAUCAAAAGCAGCCUUCCGGUUUCAAAAUCAUUGUAGAGAAGUACAACUCUUUCUAGGGGAAGACCUCGAGACUAUGACGCCAUGAGAUUAUUAUUCCAAAAGCUUUAUUUGCAUGACCAUAAAGGAAUUACAGUAUUGCAAAAGCUAUUAGUCUAAAUUUAAGUACUAAUUCAACUAAUUAGUACGUGCAAAACAUUACAAAACGUUACAGUUCUCAUUCAUUCAUUCAUUGAUAUUAAUUUGGUUCUUAAUUCAAAGCAUUGCGAGAUAAAUGAAACUAAUUGACAGUUAAUUAAAUAAUCAGAAGAAUUCAUAAGAAGAGAUAUUAAAGUAUCGUGUGAAAGUGAUUUGAAGUCAGGUAUUUUAGUUUCUAGUUUGGAGAAAAAUAUGUCUCUGAUCUGAGAAUAAGCCUUACAAUCUAGUAAGAAAUGAUUUUCAUCUUCGAUUUUGUUACUUGUACAAAAGUGACAUAUCCUUUCAUUGCGAGGAAUGUUUUCGUAUCUACCUGUUUCAAUUCUAAGUUGAGAUAGUGUCUAUAACAGCGAGAGACCGUAAGAAGAGGAGUUUGUAUUAGAAUUUAGCUGCUAUCCGUAUUAUCGAGUUGUCCCUUAAAGGUAACGUGUUCUUCAGACGAAAGGUAAAUGUAGAAGCAAGAUAUUUUGAAAGUUUUACUGUAGCACGGGCAACGAGGAAUAUUUCAAAGGGUCGACAAGCCUGACUCACACCUUCCACCAACGUGUUUUUUAGCUUUUAGUUCUCAGGGUUUAGCUUUAAGGAGUAUAUCCUUUAAAGACCUUCAGCGUUUGCGCGAUAUAAUUGGAGGUUAUUUGUAGAUCUGUUAUAGAAGAGGUCGGUUCUCUAUCACUGGCCAGUGUUUCAUAAGAAUAUUUUUAAGGGUAGUAACUGAUGGUUGAUAUUGCGUGACAAAGGGAAAAACGUGUUUGAAUCGUUGUUGUUGUUGUCGAUGAUGAUACUUAUUAUUGGGUGUACCUGUCCUCCGACCAUCCAUUUCAAGUUUUUUACAAAGUGCGACAGAACAUUGUAGUGGUAGAGUGUAGUGGUAAUGGCUGUGGUAGUGGCAGUAGUAGUGGUAGUGGUGGUGGUAGUGGUAGUGUUAGAGUUAGUGGUUAUGGCUGUGGUAGUGGUGGUGGUAGUGAUAAUGGCUGUGGUAGUGCUUAG